AUGUGCAAAUAUCAUGACACCCAUGGUCAUAAAACAGAAGAUUGCACACAGCUGAGGGAAGAGGUAGCCCGUUUGUUCAACGAAGGGCAUCUUCGAGAAUUCUUAAGCGAUCGGGCUAAAAACCAUUUAAAGAACAGAGAUUCAAAUAUACAGAAUGAGCAAGAAGAGCCGCAACAUGUGGUCCACAUGAUUAUUGGAGGGGUCGAUACUCCUCAGGGGCCCGUAUUCAAACGCACCAAGGUGUCGAUCACGAGGGAAAAGCGUACUCGAGACUACGUACCAGAAGGAACCCUGUCUUUCAAUGACGAGGAUGCAGAGGGGAUCUUACAACCCCACAACGACGCACUGGUAGCUCGGCCAACAUUAUUUGAUCGAAAGGUCAUAGAACAGCUCGGCCUACAAGAUCAAAUUAUGCCCGCAGCCUGA